UGCGCGAUGAGGUCACGGGGCGGGGCCGCGGAAUAAGGCGUGGGGUGGGGUGGGGGGCGCUCGCUGCCAUUAGCCGGGAAGAUGGCGCUGAACAGGAACCACUCGCAGGGCGGCGGGGUCAUCGCCCCCCCAGGGGAGAGUAUUCUUAAGCAUUGUAAAGAUGUGGUGCUUUCCUUCAGCGAUGUGUCUGACAAGGCUGAAAUCUUCAAAGGCACCAAGAAGGGAAUGGUAUACCUCACCCCCUACAGGAUGAUCUUUGUGUCUAAAGGCAAGGACCCCCUGAUGUCCUUCAUGAUGCCAUUCUACUUGGUGAAAGGGUGCUCCAUCGAGCAGCCUGUCUUCUCUGCCAAUUACAUCAAAGGCAUAAUCCAGGCUGAGGCAGGAGGGGGUUGGGAAGGACAGGCUUCCUUUAAAAUGACCUUCAACAGUGGAGGAGCCAUUGAGUUUGGACAGUUAAUGUUCAGAGUUGCCACUAAUGCUUCCAGAGGGGCUCCUGCCCAGAAUACUGGCUAUGGCUAUAUGCCUGCCUUUGCGGGGUACACCCCUGCUCCAGGAGGUUAUUCACCUGCCCCCCAGCCAGCUAAUGGACCAUACCCUUAUGUGCACCCACCAAUGAAUGGAUAUGGACCAGCUCCGCAACCCAUGGGAUACCCUUAUGCACCACCUCCAGGCAUGUACCCACCUCCUCCUGACAUGAACCCCCUGUAUAUGGCUCCUCCUCCCCCCUACCCUGGCCUUCCUACUGCAGGACCUUCAGCCCCUACAGGCUGGGUGGAGCCCGGAAUGCCAGGUGGCAGUAAAGCAGCAGAAGCAGCUUCGAGUGCCUAUUACAACCCAGCCAAUCCCCACAAUGUCUAUAUGCCUAUGGACCAGCCGCCUCCUUAUGCACCUCCUGCUGAGAAAAAGAACAACUAACGGAAGGAACCCACUCACCAGCUGCUCACGUUCCUUCUCCCCAAAGACACUUCUGUCCUCACCACCCCCACCCCCAUUCAGUGCAUCUCUAGGCUUCCAUGCGUGUAUACAAUAGACAUAGCAUUGGGUGGCAUAACACCCGCCCUCUUCAAACAUUGAGCGUGACAAUACAAGUAGAACAGCAGAAGUGGCAGUGUUUUCCUGCCUGAUUGCUUUACGUCCCAGGGCCAGAGCGCUGUCCCUCUGAGGCUUUUGCCAUGAGUUUGGGGUGGGUGCUGAAAUCUUAGGCCAGCAGAGAGAGCACAUCAGGUAAUGUAGGAAUAAAACAUUACAGCUUCUUGAUUUUUUUGAAUGAAGUAAUAUGGCUGGAGAUGGUGGUUUUAAACUUCCUCUGAGGCAACAGUAAGUGAGAAGGAAAGAGGCAAUGGGCUGCUGGGUUUCCCCAUGUUGGUAUAAAGGAGGAGCAUGUUACAUUUUUUCAUUAGUGCUGUUCCCUUUUUAAGGGAAUCUGGUGAAGUGCUGGAGGCUUGUCACCUCAGCUUCAUUGUACUGGGCCACAUUGUAACCUGGGAAAAGACUCCUGAGACACACUCGGCCUACCUACUUAAGCAUUUUGCAGUGUGGGCUUCAGUGUGGAGAGGCCAAGUACAAUGCUAAUUCAGCAGUAGCAAGGGAGUAUGAACUGGCUUUGGCUAAAUCACUGGCCUGCAGGCAAGAGGAGCUAUCACAGCUGCAGUUUUACACCUGUCUUGGACACAACAAAGCCCCCCGUAUGCACCUGUCUCCUUUCCCAGGAAACCUGCCUCUCUCAAAAUGGGUGAUGGCUGGAAGAGGCGAGAUGCCCCGCUUGCUGGGGUGUGCAGAUGUCCAAGGAUGCCUGGUUCUUCCUCCUCCCCUCUAUUGCGAGAAGCUUCUCUUCUGUAUUGUAAAUGUACUUUUGAGGAGAGGGGGAUGUGUUAGCAGGUCUCUUCAAUGCAGUGAAAGCCAGACUUUGUGGACACCUGAUGCUGGCGGCCGAUGAAAGACUUGGGAGGAACUCGUGUGUCUAACCUGGAAAUAGGCAGUGGCUUUCUAAAAGUAGCAUGUCCGUGUAGAUGGGCAGUAGAAAAGCAAAUUGGGACUGGGUGGAGGGGAGUGGAAUCUGGGCUACAGAGCUCUGAGCAAAUGGGAGUGGGAAUUAAUCCAAGUCUUCCUUUCAUUCUACUGGAAACUGGCCCCUCUGUGCAGCAGUAGCCACGCUGCAGGUGCGGGUGAGUGAGAAGUAUUAGGGUAUUAUUCUCUCCUUGGUGAAAUGUGCUGUCAGAGUAGAACCCUUGGUAACAGCCUCACCAUAGGGAUUGGAUCAGAAACGAUUGCUCUGCCUGCUGAGGAGCCUCAUACCCUGGGCUAGCUUUCCUAGAAAGCCCUGGGGGAUGGGGGUGGAGAUGGGAGAUUGGUCUGUCUUCCCUCCACAUGCAACUAAAGCCAUGCUGGUGUGAAUGUGCUGGCAUCUGACCAGUAGUGGGGGUGAGGAGGAGAAUCUCAGUGGGUGGGGUGGGUUUGUUUCUUCAAUGGAGGUGGGGUAACUGGGUGGCUCUUUACUGCUUGUGUGGCAUCCCCCUGUGGUGAGGCGGUGCCCAUUCAUCAUCAAUAAUCCAGUAUUUUUUGUAAUGUAGAUGUUACUGCUAACCCUCAGCCGUUACUGAGAAUAGAGCAACUCAGCUGGGACCAUCUCUUCUCCCAAGAGAAUCACACUUUUCUAGUGGAGAACCUCUGACUCCCAGUGUAGGGCCUGCUCAGCCCCUCCCCACCCCGUUCUCACUCAGGGGUAGGGACUGUUUUUCCUCUUUGCUCCCUACGUGCUAGGCUAUUGUACAAGCAAGGCUCUCACAACCUGUGUGUAUUCCUGUAGCUGCCUGACAUUCCUCCGCAUAGCGGGCAUCUGCAAGGAAGGAACUUCCUUUUCUAAGAAGCCUUUUUAAUCUGAGUCAAAGAUUCUCUAACUUUCUGGAAUUAAAAAUGUUCCACCAUCAAUGUUUGUAAUAUCUUUUGCAUUGCAUUUUAAUACAGAAGCAUUGGAAUCAUCA